UUACAGAUUUCCUGCUCGACUACGGCGUUCGGUCAGUCUGCGUUUUUCCAUCGCAGAUUCCCGUUGUACCUCCACGGUCCACUUUCUGCAAUCGCCGUAGAGCUUCAAGAUUCUUUGAGAAUUAUUCUUUUCCCGGUUUCGCGAUCCACUGCUGGUACCCAGUUAACCAUGGCGCCUGCAGAGCCAGCGGUCCCUGAGAAGAUGUCUGCGUGGCAGUACUCGAAGCGUGGCGGCGGCGCGGAGGCUUUGCAACUGAACGAGAGCGCGCCAGUGCCGAAGCCGGGCAGGGGUGAGGUGCUGGUGAAAGUGAGCGCGGCGAGCAUCAACCCCGUGGACUGGAAGAUGCAGAACGGCUACAUCCCCAUCCUGCCGCUGCGCUACCCCGCCACCCCUGGGAUGGAUUUGGCGGGAGAUGUGGUGGGCUUGGGCCCAGGAGUGACCAAGUACAAAGUGGGAGACAGUGUCUUUGGCUCAGCAUCGCCUUUCAAACUGGGUGCGCUGGCACAAUAUGCAGUGCUGACGGCAGCAGGGAGUGCUCCCAGACCCGCCUCCAUCCCUCCUGAAGUUGCAGCAGCCCUCCCUAUCGCGGGCCGCACAGCCCUUCAGGCCCUCCGUGACUUUGCCGGCUUGCCUCUGCCGGCCACGCCUGAUGCUGACACCAAGAACGACUACAGUGGCCGUGUGCUGGUGGCGAAUGCGUCGGGGGGAGUGGGGCAUCUGGCCGUGCAGCUGGCCAAGAUGACAGGGGCGCACGUGACAGCCACAGUGGGAGCACGCAACUUUGACUUUGCGCGUAAGCUGGGAGCAGAUGAGCUGCUGGAUUACAAGACUGAGGCGGGGCAGCGCCUGUCAGCCUCCGCUGAUACUCCUCUGCCGUCUUCUGACCUUUACAAUGCUGUGGUUGAUGGCACACACGGCCUGUCUGUUGCUACUGUGGAUCGAGUGCUUCGCCCGGAUGGUAAGUGGCUGCACCUCACGCCUCCUCCUUCGAUCAUGGCGCUGGGGUUAUGGCGCUGUGUUGCGUUUCGCCCAAAGAAGGUGCAUUCCAUCUUGAUGGAAGCCAAGGGCUCGGAUCUGGAGAUCCUGGCGAAGAUGGUGGUUGAGGAGAAGCUGAAGGUGACGCUGGAUGCCACAGUGCCGUUUGAGAAGGUCAGGGAUGCAUGGGCGCGGAGCAUGGAAGGGCAUGUGGUGGGGAAGGUGGUGGUGAAAAUGGAUUGACCUAUAGACUGACUGGCUCCGCUGGUAUUGGCACCACAGUGAAGGCAUGGUGCAGUGUCACUGUGGUCACAUGGUGUAGAUUGAUUGGGAUGAAAUGGUAUGCUUGUUGCAUCUUGUACAGCAACAGUGAGAGCAUUUGAAAUUGUGGACUGCGAAUCUAGAAAACUGCUCUUAUGAGGUCUUUUUGUACAACGAAGUGUGAAGUCUCUGCUUGUAAGUUUGGUAGAUUGCACAC